UCAAUUGAAAACAAUCUCAAUUUGUCACUUCAAAACGUAUAGAGUUGCCGCUAAAUGCGAAUGUAACUUUAUUCUUAUUUGAGUUAAUAUUUUAUAUUUAUACAUGAAGACAUAAUGAAGUUGACCGUAGAUGGAUUGCUUGUUUAUUUUCCAUAUGAUUAUAUUUAUCCUGAACAAUAUGCAUAUAUGCUUGAACUAAAAAGGGCACUCGACGCUAAGGGACAUGGAUUACUUGAAAUGCCUUCAGGAACCGGAAAAACGAUAUCACUUUUGUCGUUAAUUGUUGCAUAUAUGAUACAAAAUCCUCAUCAUGUCAGAAAACUAAUAUACUGUUCUCGUACGGUUCCCGAAAUAGAGAAAGUUUUAGAGGAGUUAAAAAAUCUCAUAAAGUAUUAUGAGAAGUGUCAAGGAGAGAUUCCAAGUCUUACUGGAGUUGUUUUAAGUUCAAGAAAAAAUCUCUGCAUACACCCUGUGGUAUCACGGGAAAGAGAAGGAAAAUUGGUUGACGGUAAAUGUCACUCUCUCACAGCCAGCUAUAUACGUGAGAAACAUGAAAUGGAUAGUUCCGUGCCUAUUUGUCAGUUCUAUGAAGGUUUCAACCGAGAAGGUAAAGAGUCAAUGUUGCCAUAUGGCAUAUACACCAUGGAUGACCUCAAACAGUAUGGUGCCGAUAGGAACUGGUGUCCGUAUUUCCUUUCCAGAUUUGCUAUCAUACACGCAGAAAUAGUCGUAUACUCAUACCACUACCUCCUAGAUCCUAAAAUAGCAGAAGUAGUUUCAAAAGAACUACACAAAGAAGCGGUAGUUGUGUUCGACGAGGCUCAUAACAUUGACAACGUUUGUAUCGACUCGCUCAGUGUGAAGAUAACGAGGCGGACCAUAGACAAGAGUACCGUCGCCUUGCAGACGUUGGAAAAGGCUGUAACGCAAUUAAAACAAGAAGACUCCGCUCGAUUAACGGCAGAAUAUGAACAAAUGGUGGAAGGUCUGAGAGAAGCGGCCGUAGCCAGAGAAACUGACCUUAUAUUGGCCAACCCCAUCCUGCCAGAUGAAGUACUUAACGAGGUCGUCCCAGGAAAUAUAAGGAAUGCUGAACAUUUUCUCGGUUUUAUGAAACGGUUCAUAGAAUAUCUGAAGAUGAGGUUACGGAUACAGCACGUCGUUCAGGAGUCUCCAGCAGGGUUCCUGAAAGAUUGCUCCACUCGCGUGUGCCUCGAACGGAAGCCUCUUCGUUUCUGCGCCUCUCGGCUUUCGGCGCUAAUGCGGACCCUGCAGAUAUCGGACCCAGCGCAGUUCGGAGCCCUGACGCUAGUGGCACACCUCGCCACUCUAGUCGCCACUUACACGCGAGGCUUCGUACUCAUAGUGGAGCCCUUCGACGACCGCACGCCCACCGUCUCCAACCCUGUGCUGCACUUCUCAUGUAUGGAUUCGUCGAUAGCGAUGCGCCCUGUAUUUGCGAGGUUUCAGACUGUCAUUAUAACAUCAGGUACUUUGUCCCCACUGGAUAUGUAUCCGAAAAUCUUGGACUUCAAUCCGGUCAUCAUGAGCUCGUUCACCAUGACCCUGGCACGUCCCUGUAUUCUUCCCAUGAUCGUAUCAAAAGGAAGCGAUCAGGUGGCAAUAUCGUCGAAGUACGAGACAAGGGAAGAUGUGGCCGUUAUCAGGAACUACGGACAACUGCUGGUCGAGAUAGCGUCGUGCGUGCCAGACGGAGUGGUGUGCUUCUUUACGUCCUACCUUUACCUCGAAAGUGUUGUUGGAGCAUGGUAUGACCAAGGGGUGGUGGCAAGUCUGCAACGACACAAGCUACUGUUCAUCGAGACACAGGAUUCUGCUGAAACAAGUUUCGCCUUAAUCAAUUACAUUAAGGCGUGCGAGAGCGGGCGCGGCGCAGUGCUGCUGUCGGUGGCGCGCGGCAAGGUGUCGGAGGGCGUGGACUUCGACCACCACCUGGGCCGCGCCGUGCUGAUGUUCGGCAUCCCCUACGUCUUCACGCAGAGUCGCAUCCUCAAGGCCCGGCUCGAGUAUCUCCGAGACCAGUUCCAGAUCCGUGAAAACGAUUUCUUGACUUUUGAUGCCAUGCGACACGCGGCUCAGUGUGUCGGUCGGGCGCUAAGAGGUAAAACCGACUACGGCAUAAUGAUAUUCGCGGACAAGAGAUUUAGCCGCGCCGAUAAGCGAAGUAAAUUGCCUCGUUGGAUCCAGGAGCACUUGAGGGACUCGCUCUGUAACCUCAGUACCGAGGAGGCCGUUCAGAUCUGCAAACGUUGGCUCCGUCAAAUGGCACAGCCCUUUACUCGAGAAGAUCAGUUGGGCGUGUCAUUACUAACACUGCAGCAGUUACAGUCACAAGAACAGCAGGAAAAAAUCGAGAAGCAAGUCUUGCAGAAGUAAAUCGAAAACUACUGGAGAGUUUUCCCGGAGAAAAGGAGGGUCAGGUCCUAUGGAAGCGAAAAACCGAGAUGGCUAGAUGAAGGCAUCGGGAUUACACACAAGUGGAUCAGCAUCGUCGAAAAAUUUACGGCCUUGAACUUUCUGUCGCCGAAUAAAACUUGUUUUUAAUUUUCA